GAAAUAUCAUCGUUGUAUAUUCAUCUUUCUCAUAUAUAUCUUAAAUAAAUAGUUGACAUGCAGAAGUCUAUAUUUUUCAUUCUUUGCGUUGUCGCUAUGUCGGUGAUAGUUGAUGCGAAACCAUCACCUUGUGGACUGCGGUGGUGUGGAAAGCGAUGGGGUGGUAACAACGGUGGUGGUGGUGGUGGUGGUGGUGGUGGUGGCUGUGGACGCGGCGGUUGCGGCAGCGGUACCACUAAUAAUAUUGGAAAUGGGCGGGGAAACGAUAACACAUUUAUCUCAGAGUUAUAUAAAUAUGACUUGCUGGGAUAUUGCAAUUCAGUAUCCGAAAUAUCAACAUUGAAUAUUCAUCUUUCUCUUAUAUAUCUUAAAGAAAUAGUCGACAUGCAGAAGUCUAUAUUUUUCAUACUUUGCGUUGUCGCUAUGUCGGUGAUAGUUGAAGCGAAACCAUCACCUUGUGGACUAUGGUGGUGUGGACAGCGAUGGGGUGGUAACAACGGUGGUGGUGGUGGUGGUGGUGGUGGUGGUGGUGGUGGUGGUGGUGGCUGUGGACGCGGCGGUUGCGGCAGCGGUACCACUAAUAAUAUUGGAAAUGGUUUCAGUUUCAAGUGCCGAAGAAACGGUGGCGGUUUCGGUGGUUUGCUCGGUGGCGGCGUCGGCGGAGGAUGUCCCAGUGGCAACUGCGGAGGAACAGUCAACAAUAUUGGAAAUGGACAGAAUAAUCAAAACACUGUUUUCAGUUUAAAGUGCCUUGGAAACGGUGGCGGUUUCGGUGGCGGUCACGGUGGUGGGUUCGGUGGUGGAUUCGGUGGCGGCUUCGGCGGAGGAUGUCCCAGUGGCAACUGCGGAGGAACAACAAACAAUAUUGGAAAUGGAUACAAUAACCAAAACACUGUCCACAGCUAUGGUUGCGGUGGUGACAGUGGCGGCUACGGCGGAGGUAACGAAGGCGGCUACGGCGGAGGAUGUGCUAGUGGCAACUGCGGAAGUACAAUCAACAAUAUUGGAAAUGGACGCAAUAAUCGAAACACCGUGUAUAUGCGAGGAUAACAAUUAAAUUUUCAAACUUAAUAAUUAAAAAGUAAGUCUUUAAGAAUGUAAAUAAUAUUUUAUAUUAAAAUAUUAAUCGAACUAUAAUGUAUCCUUUCUUGUAAAAUAUUUUUCUCUACAUUGAGCCGAAUAAAUUUAGUCUAAGUA